AUGGCUGCAGCUUAUUUUUCUUCACUUAAUGAUAAUAUUUCACAACCUCCAAUUUUUUCAUAUAUUCCUAUUUCUCAAUGUCGAUUUAAUCGUCGAGUACAUAUUAAUCAUCCGAACAUCUGGUCGUUCAUUAAAUUUCUUCAAGCAGAAGAGAGUCGUUUUCAUCACAUGCAUAUUCAAUUGUCUUCAGAUUUAGGUACAAGAACACAAAAAGCUACAGCUAUUGCUAUUCAACAUCGUAUAGAAAAUCAUACUGAACGAUAUAAUCAUAGUCUUAUAAAUGUUAUGGAAUAUUUAGACGGUCUAUUACUUGUAGUUGCCAAGCAGAAAAAAUAA